AGGACCAGAGGGCCUUCUUCUUUUCCUCUCUUCUGCCAAGCAUCCUAAGCUAUGCAAGUGAAGUCGAGCGCAUUUUCCUCACCUCCCCGCUUGCCUACUCUAGGGCCUUUGAAGAAUUUUCCGUGUCAAUCCCGCGGUCGCAUGUGGCCAGCCUGGUCGCCUGUUCCUUCCUCUGUCUGUAUCCGAAUGCUCAGCGGCAGAACUGCCUCUUCAGUGAUGUCAACUUCACGUACUUCUUUCGUGGUAUCACUUCUGAGUCAACUGCACAGGUUGCUAAGUUGCAGGCUAUUUUACAGUACUUUGCCUGCCUCUCUGAGUUGGAGGAGGAGGAUGAAGUGCUCGCACAGUCGGCCUUCAGGAUAAAACGACGGUCUCUUCUGCUGAGGCCUUUCAACCAAUCGCCGCCGCCACCGCCGCCGGUGGUGGGUGCAGAGGUGCAACCC